CAUCUUCGUCUUGCAAGCAAGCAGAGUCUAAAAGCAGAUAAACCCGAACGACCGAUCGCGAUCGCAUCAGACCUCUCGAAGACCAAUUGUUGGGGAGCACACGAAUCAGAUAGGGCGGAACAUCAAGCCGACCGUUGAAAAGAGUGGAGCCCGAGCCCUCGGCAAUGGAAAAGAAAGAUUGGGCCUAACAAUGGUCAAGACCAGGAAAAUCCAGAACAGCAAGAAAGGGGGACGCUCCGGCGUCGUCAUUGAACGCACGGACGACAGCAAUGUCGACGAAUGGUUUGAUUCGGCCCACUCUCCGAAAGAAAGCGCCAGGAAAAAUGAGCAACAAGAGGAGUCUUCCAUCGAGAACAAGGAACGGUCCAAAACGAAAGAAGCAAAAAAGAAGACAGUCAAGACCCCAAAGCAGAGAGUACGCAUGUCGUUGACAGGAGCUGCAACAGAAGAUGGUAGCGAGAAAGGAGAAGAUUCAAAAUCUGCCGAGAAAUACGCUACAAGACUAAGAAAAAAAAGUGGCAGCGGAGUAAGCUUUGCAAGCCCCUCGGAUUUGAGCAGAGUGUCGACGGCUCCUUUCAGUCCUGGCAGGGAAGAUGAGAGAAAACAAGAGAGCACCAAAACAAACCUUGAAGGUGAAAGUGAUACUGACGAUGCCUUCUUAACUCAAGACAACCACGACGAGGCAGAUUUAGCCGGAGAAAGCGAUGUCAUUGCUCUCCAAUCCGCAAAAGCGAACGGCGAAAAGCUUGGACUCGCGAGUCCAGAGGUCGACUUUCCGCCUCACGAAGAUGAAGUGGAAGACGAUUUAGGUCCUCCAGCCUUACCAAACGAUCUUUCAAAUGACGAAGACGAAGAUCAGGAGCAAGCGCUGGAAGCGAAUGACGGGAAGGAUGAUGUUAUUGGUGGGUUGGAUACCGACCAUGUAGAGAAUAGUGGCGAAAAAAGUGAUUCUAAUAACGAUGAUUAUCACGAUGAUGAUCACGAUGAUGAUCACGAAGGGCCGGGCUUCAACAUGGUACAUGAUCCUGAAACACCGUUGACCGUGAGGGAAGAUCGCGCAAAAAAGGAAAUGGAAAAAAUUAAGGAAGAGAGACGAAAACAGAGGAGGGAAAAUAAUCUCGAAUCUGAAAGUGAGAAGGAUGACGAGGACGAAGACGAGGGAGAACCUGACGAACAAAGCAAAUCCACCCCCAAGGCCGAAAAGAGUAAAAGACCCAAGAAGAAGAAGAAACGAAGUGUUGUCUUCUCUCCUAAGGGUAUCCCAAUCGCAAAUAGAGACUACGAGUCGGUACCUAUUGGGGCCUUAGUAGAAGCAUCGCCAGACGAAAAUGGACCAAGAAGAUCGAGGCGUGCCAGGGUGAAACCGCUUCAAUUUUGGAGAGGAGAAAAACUGGAAUAUGGAGCCCACAACGAACGUGGUUACAUCGGGAAAGCAUUUGGGGAUAUGCCGGUAGUGACUGGAAUCAAGAAAGCGCUGCCUACACCUUACAAGAAACGAAAACCGGUAAAAACUAGUAACGUUUCUAGAAAAGGCUCAAAAAAGAAUGAUGUUACCGACACACGGGGUAGUGUCGCAGAUGAAAAAUUCAAUAGCAAGAAACUUCGACGCAAAUACAAAUAUCACGACGGAGAGGAGGCAUAUCUCUGGGACGAUAUUGCAGACGAGACUGCCGAUCAAAGUAAGAAAUUGUCGCUGAAAUCUUUUCUGACUGGUCUCGCAAUGUUAAAUUGACUUUGGUUUCUCAUCUACUUUUUGCAUUUCUCGCUUGGUGGUGUGAUAACUCUCAGAGGUCGUGGCCUAUGCGUCCAACAUGCAAGGAAGCGAUCUUCCAAUUUCCAAGAAAAGGAAGAAAGAGGAAGGCAACGUUACAGGGAAAGCAGCCCAAGCCUUCAAUAUUCCAAACGAUGACAGCGAUGACUAUGUAGGAUAUAUUAUGGGAAACCUGACGCUUCCACCGGGUGGCAUAAAAGAUUCAGAAUCUGUUGGGCCAUGUGCCCAAACGUUUACGGUCGUACGUUGUCAGCUCAAAGCCUUCGAAGUUGCUUAUGGAGACCCGGACUUACCAGAUGGUGAGCUAGAUGCCGAAAGUGCCCAGCGUUUCCUUUUAGGUCCUGGAGAUAUGUUUCGUGUUCCACCAGGGAAUUCUUAUCGGUUGGAAAACCACUCGGAACAUACCGAUUGUCUACUAACCUGGACAAUCAUUCGUCCGAGAGCUGUGCCGAAUGGGACUACGUAACGGGGCACCCUGCAAGUUAGCUUGCCGUGACAUAGUAACCACGAAAGAUAUUCUUAUUCUUAACUCUGGACUAUUGAUUCUUUCGGCUAUACACUCUUCAAG